UCAAACACAGUGCAAAACAACACUAGAUGAUAGAGAGGCCAGAAGUUGUUCUUCUGUUUGCGGUGAGGGUCGUACGCUUCCUCUUCUUCUAUUGACAAAGAAACAGAGAAGACACCUACGCGAAUUCUUUGUCUUUCUUUAAAAGGGGUGCUCGGCGGAGAGUUAUCAUCGGCCGGCGAUCCCACCAGUGAUUUUGGCGAGGGGGAGUUUUGAGAGAGAAAGCGAACUUUGACUCUAUUUCUCUCUCUCUCUCACGCACAAACUCACUCUCUUUCUCUCUCCAUCUGAUGGUUCUGUUUGCAGCGAGAGAAAGAUAAGGACGCGUUUGGCUUGAAGAGAAAGCUAACCGAAAAUGAAUGGUCGAAGUAAUGGGACGGCUAUUGGAAAUGGAUUUGGGAGUGUAGAGAGUGAAUACAUUAGGAGACACCAUCAGCAUGAUCCUGCUGAUCACCAGUGUACUUCUGCUCUCGUUAAGCACAUCAAAGCUGCUGUUCCUCUAGUAUGGUCUGUGGUGAGGAGAUUUGAUCAACCACAGAAGUACAAGCCUUUCAUUAGCAGGUCUGUUGAGCAGGGGAACGAAAAGAUUGGAAGUGUUGGAGAAAUUGAUGUAAAGUCUGGGCUUCCUGCCACUACAAGUACUGAAAGGUUAGAGUUUCUUGAUGAUGAUGAGGAUAUACUCAGCGUCAGGAUUGUCGGUGGGGAUCAUGGAUUGAGGAACUAUUGUUCAAUCAUUUCCCUUCAUCCGGAGACCAUUGAUGGAAGACCAGGGACUCUGGUGAUCGAGUCUUUUGUAGUGGAUGUACCUGAUGGGAAUACCAAGGAUGAGACGUGCUAGGUUGAAGCUCUGAUCAAGUGCAAUCUCAAAUCAUUAGCUGAUGUGUCAGAGCGCCUAGCAGUGCUGGAUCUGACUGAGCCCAUUGGUUGCAUCUGGGAAACGUUGGACUCGAUUUUGAUGUGGUGGAGGCUAUGGUUGAAAAGGAUGAAGCUUACAGGGCGUUUAUAUCACAGAGACUCUGGACACUGACUGGCUGUAAUACUUUCUUCCGUCUUCCAGACACUAGCACUCUCUUUCCUUGGUUGUAAUGCUCUCCUCAUCAAUUUAUUUGCUGGAGUUCCCAUCUUUAGUAGCUCAACAAUCACAUCCGUAUAAAGGUUUUAUGGUGCUUGUGAAUGAAGAGUAAAUAAACGAAAAAAACUAAGUUCUCUUUCUCUGUGAUAUCCAGCGUUGUCUGUGUUACCAACUUUAUGUUUGUAUAUACGUGCGCUGGAAGGAGUUGAUUUGUAUUUUUCUCUUUCCUUCAUAGUUUUAGGUGCAGUCAUAGAAGUUUGGUUAAAAUUAAUAUUUGUAAAAGCUGUAGCUAAAACAAAGAGUUAUGUGUAUUGUCAUAUUCUAAUGUGCUCCAUUUGUCCUGUA